AUGGUAAGCUGGAGGGAUAAACCAGCACCUCAGCAGCCGAUGAGCGCGGAUCUACAUGAGAACGGCGCCCGCAAGUUUCGGAGAAAGCUCAGUUACGGCCUCUCUCUCAUAUCUAAUCCUCUCUCCCAACGAAAGAUCACCCCAGGACGCAAUCAAGUUGAGACUAAUUCAUUGGCUGUCAAUGAGGCCUCCAUAUCUGACGCCAUCACUGCGGCCUUUGCAUACGAUCCCCCAGCAUUACUAGCGCGCGAAUCGACGUCUCUCAUAAACUUCAGUGACUUGACAAAGGGUCUAGUAGGAAAAGAGGAUACCGAUACCUCGACUCAGAGUGAGGAUAUUGAUAUCAUCCCCAAGCCACUUCCUCGCUCGCGCACGUUGGGCUUCAUCCCACUCUCCACCGGCACUGAGCCUCAUACAUUAGCGACAGAUAUCAACGAAUCCGUCAAGCUUUGCUCUUCGCCGGUGAUUCCUAUAUCUGGACUAGGUUCAUUGCCUUCAAAGAUCCCCUCACCUAGUCCUCCGUUGUUCGUACAUCGGUGCGCUAGUCCACGUCGAUAUCUUCACCACCAGACAUCCUUGAGUGCAUCGCAACAAACCAAAUACAUUACUGCAACUCAAGCCGUCGUCAGCCCCAACGAAUGCUCACCUGAAACGAUUUCACAGCCAUUACGGUCACGUACAACACCAAACCUUGUGAAGGGAUCGAACGCGCGACAGACUGCAGGGUUUAUGGCUCCUAGGCAACCAGGACCCAAGAAACCCAAUGUAUCCCAAAGACCCGAGAAGCAAGUAUUACAGGAAAACAUCCCUACCGAAAAGCACAUUAUGAAUAGACGGUCGCAAAUACAAGAGAGUAUGCUGAAGCGUGAGUCUCUUGCAGUUGCAGGAGCUCUAUACGACAGGAGGUCUUUUGGACCAAGCACUCCAAUUAUGCAGGGCAGAAGAACAAGCUUCGCAACUCAACAAAUAGCAAGCAAACAAACGAGUUCCCAUCUUAUUCAAAAUACUCCAGCCACUGCAAAGAGAAUUCGGUGUGAGGAGCAAACUGUACUGCCACUACCAAGCCGCCUUACUAUAAAGCCUGGCCUAGCCUCAAUGCCUUCAUUUCCAAACACCUCGACAAAGAAAAUCUCACACAUGGUUCGUUCCUCAAAGCCAGCUUUGCUACGUUCCUAUACACAAGCAGAUUUGUCGAGGAAAACACUAGGUACGCCGAAUGGCCUGGGUGGCGUUUGGCGGCCGUCUCGUGCGCUUGCUGUGGUAAAUCACGAGGUGAGCAAACUUCCGCGCUCCAAUACCUUCCAUUGUCUUGGACUUCAGCCGGAAGCUGCUCCGUCGAUGUCUCUUCUGCCACUGCACCACAGAAAGCUAUCCCUGUCAGAGACAACGCAGCAUUUACGCAUGAGUCAAGAUACGCCCGCCAUGCCUCGCCAUGGAAGAAUAAUAUCCGAUACUAUCCCGUGCCAGUCAAUACCUGAAGAGAACGGAGAAGAGGUGUCAAUUCAGGGUUGCACAAGUAUGCCACUUGAAGCUACAAAAGCCUCUACUCCAUCAGAGACGCCCAGUUCAUCAACUUUCAGUCUUACGAUAUUUCCCUCGUUACCAGAUACACCUCAGCCUUCAGUUUUGGGAGCACCGCCUGUACCAGGCACAACCGCGAGAUCGUCACAGGAAGUUUCGCGCGGGACUUUAGGAAACGUUCGGGGGGAAGAGAUGCCAGAAGAUGCUAACAAUAGUGUUUUCCAGGUCAAAGAUUACAUGCCACCUCUGUAUUGGGCUGGAAGAUUUCAGUCUCGGUAUGACCAGUGGCGUACUGAUGCUAUGAAUGCGGAGUUGAAUGCUCGGCCAGGCCAGCGAGGAGAGGACCCGUUGAGCGAAUACAGGCUCGACCAGGGAAACCUUGCUGCAUGCCAUAUCUUCGCGCAGCUGCGUGCUCUAUGUACUACUGAACAAGCAGCAGACAGCCUUUGGGAGUUCGAGUACAAGUAUCGAAAGGAUCAUAGAUUGCUUGGCAAUCUAGCCGAUCUUCCAAGAAGAGCUCCGCCUAAGCAAAGCGAUAGCGAGACUGUUCCGGUGACUGGAGCUGGUACCCUUGAACGAGCCUUAAGAAAAAUGACCCCCCGCAAGAGUAGCCUUGUCAAUCUCAUGAAGGGCAAAGGAUGGAACAAAUCGGAUGAGAUGAAGGAAAAUGAUAUGUUGGAGCAAGAUCGGGAGACACCUUCGCGGAAGUCUUAG